AUGGGGGCCCUUGUGACACAUCUGCCCUUUUGGGCUUCUCUCCUCUUCGUGCUUAAUGCAUCAGCGGAGGGUUCUCACUUAAACGGCGCUGCAGAGGGGCCCGUGUUGCAGGGUCCUUCGGUUUAUCGAGGGCAGGCGCCUGAUGAAAUCGGCCACGACUCAGCAACGACGUCGCGAGAAGACGUGCUGGUACCUUUGCGUGCAACUAAGGAACAUCGAUGGUGCAAUGCACUGGAUUUGCGCAGCACCUAUGGAGCCUGCAGCAGCAACCGUAGCGCCGGCCAGCCCAGCGUUCUCCCGGAGACCCUGGACAACGGGUGCUUUGGAGUAGUUCUCCUGCUGCUGCUACUAGCAGCAGCAGACCAAAGUGAGAGGCUGCUGCGAAGGGUUUGGGGUCCCCUACGUUCUCUGGCAAACCUCGUACAAAGAAGCAGGACGCGCUACAACAGCAGCAACAACCGGUUUGCUGCCGCUGCGGAGACGGAAGAGGGGAAGAAACUGCUCGACGAGUUGGCUUCUUUGCAAAAGCAGCUGGUGCAGGAGCAGAUGCAGCAGCAGCAGCUGUCUGCGACGGCAGAGUUUGCUGCAUACGCCCGAAAGCAGCGCAAAAUAGACCAACUUGUUUCCUCCAGAGACACAUGCAUUCAACAUCUACAGCAAUUGCAGCAGCAGCAGCAGCCGCACCAGCAGCAAAGCAAGUCAAGCAUGCCGGUGUUGCUUCGAGCUGUCUACCAGCUUUUGUUAAAGCCCAUCGCAAAGCGCCAUGGCUACUCUCUCGUCAAGCCGCUUGUUUGCUGGGCUGUGUUUGUUUCAAUGGGCGCUCGAAUUAUCCUGCCAACUGCGCAGCUCACCCCUCUUAAUCUAUUGGGCCCUCGUUGUCACGUCGUUUUCCCGUUUGCAUUUGUGAUUUGCCGCAUUUUUCUUAAUGAGGUGUACAUACUCCUCGCUGUCCCCAACGCCCAGAGCGCAGCCAGCAGCACUGCAAAGGCGAGGGCCAUCGUGGGCUUCACGAGAGUCAAAAUUCUAGAGUUAAGAGCUGCGAAAAAUCAGCUGGUAGCCCCUCCAGCCUACAUGAGCCCUGGGAGCAGCGACACCAAAGUCGGUGGCUGCUCCGGAGAGGAGCAGUCCUGCCAAGCGUUUACAGCACUGCUUGCUGCAUGA